UCUUGCCGAGGAGCAGGUUGUCAGUAAAGAGAGAAACGGCGAGCUGCUCGACGAGGCCUUAAACUAUCGCUGCCAGCCAGCCGCCAAGAUGCAUCACUACUUUCAGGUUGUGGCCAUAGUGGUGUGUUGCACCGUGCUGGUGCAGGGCGCAAGUGUGGUUAGGGUUCCUCGGGUGUACAACAUUUUGAUCAAGUCGGACGGCUCAAUCGCGCCCAGCGAGGCCGUCUCGCUCGACAGUUUGCACGAGGAAGGCUCGCAGUCGGAGGAAAACAGCAAGGAAGUGAUCGGUGGUGGCAGCAAGGAGGCGAGCAGCAAGGAGACGAGCGGCGAAAAGGCGGAUGAGCCUACGGAGGAGCCGCUGCCCGUCCUGAACGCGCAGCAGGGCGGCGUCGUCGAUGGAGUCAACUACACGGAGGUGCCCCUUUCCAGGGCUUAUCCCCUGACGAGGUACACCAUUCCAAUCAUCGCGGCCCGUCACCCCUUCCCUUAUCUGCACGGAGGAUUGAUUUUGGGGCCAGUGCCCAAACUCGCCGCCGCCCAAAGGGAAUUCCCAGGCGAGUCUGCCGAGUUGCAGCAGCAGAGCGGAGAGAUUGAAGAGACCAAAUCGUACGACCUCCCCCAGGAUGCCCAGAAACCCAUCCAGCAACUGCCUUUGCCGCAGUACAGAAGCACGGCCGACAAUUUCAACCUGGAUCCUGCCGCUUUCAGGGAGAGACUUUUGCAACUCCAGCGGGCGCACCGAGAGCAAAUUGCUGACGGAGCGGACCAGGAGGACGGGCAAUAAUCCGGGAUUAAUCGCUGCUCAAAUAUAUAUACACUUGUAUACUAAAAACAUAUCACAAGCAAUUACAAAGUUUUUAAGAGCAACAUUUCUCAAUCAAUAAACUUGUUUUUUCCUCGUUCA